AUACUAGUACCGGUACGUAUACCGGUACCGGUAAUUAUGCGGCUAGCUAGCUAGCCAGCUCAAUGCUCUUGCGCAAUCAUUUGAAUCGCUGGUACUAGGGCUGAGAAGGCAUCCACGCCUCAAUUUAUUUGUAAAUUCACAGCAAAUACAUUUUUUUUGGAUUCAUACUAUCUGGCAAUUAUAUUUUGGAUCAUCAUAUAUUAUUGGAUCAGCCGCGGAAUUAGAGAGGAUAAGUGAGUAGUACUUCUGUUCUGGAUCUGUGUUGAUUUGAGACGUGAUCGUGACUGAGCUGAACGGAGCCCCGAACAUAGCCGGCCAGGCCGACCGCGACGGGGAUAGGAAUCCACUGGCAUCGUACUGCCACACACUCUAAUCACGAGAGGGAGGUGCUUUCUGCAAGGUUCUGAAGACACUGCCAUCAAAAUGGCAUCUCAGAGCCCUGUCGUCAAGCAGAUAGACAAGCAGUUCCUGGUGUGUGGUAUCUGCCUGGAUCGCUACAAGAUACCCAAAGUCCUUCCAUGCCUUCACACCUUCUGCCAGAAUUGUCUGGAGAAUUACGUCCCUUCGGAAUCCCUGACCCUGACCUGUCCACUCUGCAGGCAGCAGUCCAUCGUACCAGAGAGAGGUGUUGCAGGUUUACAGUCCAAUUUCUUCAUCACGAACCUGAUGGAAGUUCUGGAGAGACCAGAGAGCAAUGGGGGAGGAGACUCACCUAUUGGAGAUCAGAUGCUCUCUUGUGCUAGCCAUGAAGGGGAGCCCUUGACAUACUAUUGUGAUAACUGUGAGACGGCUAUAUGUGAAGAGUGCACAGUGACGGAACAUUGCGAUCACAGUACAGUAUUACUAGCUAAUGUCAUAGAGGAACACAAAGAGACACUACGCAAGAUCCUUGAGGAAGCCAAAACUCAGAUACCCCAACUCAAAGAUGCAAUAGCGAAGGUGACUUCAAUAUCAUCAAGGUUGUCAGAGAAGAAGGUGAAAGCAGAAACCCAGAUCACUGAAUCCUUUGAGAACCUUGAAGAGGAAGUUCGAGAAAGAAAGACAGAGAUGAUCAAGGAACUUGAUACCGUUCAUAGUGCAAAACAAAGUGUGCUACAAAGACAACGUAGUCUUCUGCAGGAGAGCUUGAAUAGUAUAGAGAAUAACUGUGACUUUACUAAGCAAGCUCUUGCUAGUGACAAUGAAACUCAUGUACUGUUAGUAAAGAAGCAAAUGCUGAGUAGGUUACAGGAAUUGUCACAGCUUACUAUGCAACUCAAACCAGAGGAGAAUGACUACAUCAAUGUGUCCUGCGACAUUGAUUCCAUUCAGAAAAGCAUUGCUAAUAUUGGGCUUGUGCAGUCAAACAGUGCCGUUCCACAUGAGUCUGUGGCCAGUGGUGAGGGCCUGAAGCGUGCAGUGAUUGGUGAUCAAACGGCUGUCACUAUCACCACUAAGAAUAGCCGAGGUAUUCUGGUCAAAACUGGCAAUGCUCCUCUUUCAGCACAACUAAGAACUCCUGAUUCAAAAGUAGAUGAUCUGCCAAUUCUGGACAACCGAAAUGGUACCUAUGAUGUAAUCUUCACUGUACAAAAAGAGGGUAGCCAUAGUCUUGUCAUAAAGCUCUUUGAUGAGCAUAUAAGAGGAAGUCCAUUCAAGCUCAAAGGUUGUAAAGAUGAUGGUUCAACUACUCCAAAGUCACCCUCGGGUAAGAUUCCAGUCAGGACUAGUGUUAGGCAGAAAGCCACCCGCAGACCUCAAAGUGCCAGCGGAAAUAUCAGAACAUUCCGAAGCAAUAAUCCCAUUGAGGAUGAUUUGAUUUUGACUAUUGGAACACAUGGGCGCAACAAAGGUGAAUUCACCAACCCUCAAGGUAUAACUUCAACUGCAUCAGGACGUAUUCUGGUGACGGACAGUAACAAUCAGUGUAUUCAAGGAUUCAACUCCAGUGGGGAAGUCAAACAGCGGUUUGGUGUCAGGGGUCGUAGCAAUGGACAACUCCAACGUCCAACUGGAAUAGCCGUCAGUCACAAUGGCAACUACAUCGUUGCUGACUAUGAAAACAAAUGGAUAAGCAUCUUUAGUCCUGAUGGGAAAUUCAUUAGUAAGAUCGGCACAGGAAAACUAGUGGCUCCAAAAGGAGUUGCAGUGGAUAAUAAUAAUAACAUCAUUGUUGUUGACAACAGAGCAAGUACCAUCUUCAUAUUUUCUCCAUCUGGGAAAGUCCUGAAUAAGAUUGGAUCAAGAGGAGCACAGGAUCAACAGCUAUGUGGCCCUCACUUUGUGGCUGUUAACAAAGACAACCACAUAGUAGUCUCAGACUUCCACAACCAUUGCAUCAAGGUCUUUGGUAUUGAAGGUCAGCUGAUUACAUCUUUUGGUUCCAGAGGGGAGGGUAAUGGUCAGUUCAACGCUCCAACGGGGGUCGCUGUGGACAACCUUGGAAACAUCAUAGUGGCUGACUGGGGCAACAGUAGAUUACAGGUUUUUGAUUCCAGUGGUUCCUUUGUGUCAUACAUUAACACCAUGGGUGAUCCGCUGUACGGUCCUCAAGACAUCUGUAUCACCAGCGAUGGCCACGUAGCUGUUGCCGACUCGGGCAAUCACUGCGUCAAAGUCUACAAGUACUUACAGUAGGAGGUAAAGGAAUGUCCUUAUGUUGAAUGCCGUGGGCUUCUUGACGAAUUGUUUAAUGUGGCCCCAGGGUCAGAGAGACACAGCUGGAAAUACUAGGAAAGUUAAUAGGUGGGACUGAGGGAUGGUGUUAAGUUGCUAGUGCUUCAUUAAUCACGCGUCUGCGCAUGAAUGCAGUACAUUUUAUAGGAUAAAUCAAAUAAGUUUAGUGUGGCAUGGUUCAGAGGGAAUUUGAUCGGGAGAUUAGGGUAGGUGGAAGAGAAGAAUAUGUUGAAACAGCUAAGCAGUAGAUAGUUGAAGGUUUAGUGUUAGGGUAUGAAAUAGCUCUUGUUGAUAUGACAUGUCUGCUGACAGGUUUUAUUGUUGUUGCAUUUGUGAUACAUGUUGCACUCUUGCAUGCUUAUUAUCUGUGCAAGCCAUGCAUGUUAUUGUAUAAUCUAAUCAUCCCACCUAAUCAAGCAAUUAAUCCUAAUGCUUCAAUAAUUGCAUGCUGCAUUAUACCCACAAUUGCAAUAUUUACUGUCUAUGAUCAAGUAGUGGUACCACCUUGCCUAAAUAGUUUUAUGUGCAAUGUAUAGAAAAAUAAUAUAGAAAUUAGUAGACAGAAAUUUGUGUUAAAUGUUACCAUGUGUGUAAGUGAUAUGUAGUUGGUGUGAGUAGUGCAGUUAUAACCUUGAAAUAGUAAAAAAUGAAAAGUUGAUUGAAUGUAGAUUAUCAUGUGAUUGGAUCAGUAAAUUGAUUGGUAGAUCAAUGAUUACAUCAUCAAUUUGAUAGCUUCUUAGAAGAUCACAUGAUUUGAAAUAAGUUGACAUCGUUUUUAGAAUCACUAUCACUCGGUGUCUUAACCCACAAUCUCAGGAGGUCAUUGAGUGAGAUGUGAGGUCACUCAUCAGUGUGAUUAGGAAUGAUUGUGGUGUUUGUGCAUACGUCAGUGUAAUUAUAUGUGACUAUGUGAGAUUGAAUGGUGUGAGGGUGCUAGACUGUAAAAAACUUGGGUGUUAAAACUUACACCAGUUUGGUGUUUAUAUCGAGGACAACACAAUGAGGUGUUAAAAUUGCACCAAAGAGUGGAGUAAAUAUGUGUUAUCUAACACUAAAAAUUUAACCCCAGAGUCAAAUGUCUAGAGUGUCCUCUGGACACCAAUUGACACCACAGAUUUUGCUGUAGAAGGGACUUUUCAGUUGCACUUCAAGGAGUCUCUCUUUAUGUUUCAGGUAAUUGGCUAAUUUAAGUUCGGUGAUUUUUUAAGAUAUCGUUGACUCAGUUUGUACUGGUUGAUGGAUAGUUGCUCUUAAUAACAUCAAAGACCAAACACUGCACUAAUACUGAGGAUGAUAUAGAUUUUCUUUCAGCUGCUUCAUCAUCAUUCAUGAGCAGCUGACGACUAUGCCAAUGUUCUAGAACAAGGUAGUGUCAUUACUUGCUCACCACAUCUUGGGUUAAGUUCAGAUAAAAAGUCCCUACAGGACCCUGUUGUAUUAUAGUAACUGUGCUAUCAAUCGUAACUACUAUGGUAACAUAGCUCAGCAGCCAAUCAAAUUGAAGGUUUCCCUGGUAGUUACCAAUAAUAGCAAAGUUAUAACUGAAGUGUGUUUUCAUGCGAUAGGACCCUGUACAAGAUUCAGUCACACCGACUCCAAAUCUACCAAUGUUAGAUCAUUGGUUAUGAUGGAUUAGCAUUUGCCAGUCUUGAGUCAGUUUCAGCGGUGUGACUGUAACAUAUGUCCUCUUAUAAUCGUCUGUGGUGAUUGUUGGUGAUUAAAUGACUACAGUGACUAAAUAGGCUUUAUAUACUUAUGACUGUAAAUAAAAACAUGCCUUGAAAGAUAUAGGAAGCAUCAUAUACGUGCCAUAUUGCUUAUUGCUAGAUGCAAAGUUUGAAAACUUUUAUGUAGCCUGUGGUGCAUAAGCGGAAAUAAUGUAGGUUUGAGGAAUUAUUGCAAAAAAAACCUUAUGGAAACAUCUUUUUAAUCUGUUUUGCGAUUGAGUCAUAUAUGCUAAUUGAGUGUGAAAAAUCAUAUUUAAACGCUUGAGUAAACAAACUUAAAAAAAAAAAAUGUUUAGAAAAUAAUUAAGAAUCUUGUAUCUCAACUCUCACAGUUUUUAGGACAGUCCAUUAAAAAAAUUAUGUUUUACUGUUAUGAUGACAUACAUUCAGUGGCAACCUUCCUUUGCCUCGAAAGAGUAUGCUCCACAUACAUAUUAUGAGACGGUUUUCAGACAAUAUCUGGUUUGGUUACCAUUGCAAUAAUUUUAAAAUACAGCUUCUUUUUGAGCUGUCCUAAAAUGCUUUAAACUCCUAAUUUUUUUUAGAUAAGCCAUUUGACAAAAUGCCAUCUUGUUGCUCUUGUGUGUAUGGUUAGUCGUGAUGACAUGGCGGGGGGGGGGGGGAUGGGGGUGCCUGGUCUGAUUAUUGUCAUUAUUGUGAGACUUGAAUUUAUCAAUUAUAUUGUCGUUAUAAAGUGCACUGCCUGUGUAUAUUAAAUUAACUAUGUAUAGUAUAUAUAUGUAGUAAGUGAAAUUGUGUAAUUAUUAGUGGAGCUUUGUGAUUGACCUGCUAUUUCAUGCUGUGAUAUUAAAUUCAUGACCAUUAUAUAGGCCUAUUUGUAUGGCUGCAUAGUAUUAUGUGAAUAGCUGAAAUAUAUGUGCAUUAUAGAUUUCCUCGUGUAUAAUCAAUGUUUUUGUUUUUAGUUUGUAUAACUUUCAUGCUGUUUUUCAGUUCUUUCUUAUUCCUUGUACCAAUUAUUAUUGCCAAAACGAAAAAAUUGCCACAACAAAACAACUACCAUUUUAUACUUCUUACUUAUUAAUGUGUUGUAAGAGUAAAAUCCAGCUUCUAAAGUGAGAUUGUACCUUCAUACAUACAUGUAUUCACAUUCAUCUGUUGCAGGUAUUUUAACCUAUAAUCAAGUAUUAAUCG